CGCAGGGGAUGCAAAUGAAGCGGGAGACGAUGAUAUCACAAUGCCGCGCUCUGAUACAGCAGUUGGCAUUUGCAUAAUACGUCGUCAAGUUCCAGCGAGAUGGGGCCGAGGCCGUAGGGGAAGCGCGUGCCCGUGGGCUUGGGUAGCACCGUAACAGGCUCAGGCUCAAAACUCUAUCCGAAGAUGCGUGUAAGCAAACAGCUUUAUUAGGGUUUUAUUUGAAUCGGUGUAAAUGGAAGAAAAUGCCCUAAGGAAACCUGGACGUCUAGUCACGGAAGCUUAUUUGUUCAUCCUCCCUCGUCUUGUGGAGCGGUGCCUCGAGUCUAAACGACGUUGUGCCUCCUACUGACGCGGCUGCAGAAAUCCGACAAUUAGCACGGGGGUUUCAUACGUCGUCUCCUCUCCAGGGUGCUUUCACUUGGUUCGUCAUGACCCUUAGCCAGAAAGGGGGCAAACAGAAGUCAAAGCCACUGGGACUGAGCAAAGGUCUAAAGCAGCUGUACCAGCACCAGUUGCUCUGUGACAGCACCGUAGUGUGCGAAGGAAAGAGGUUCUCCUGUCACCGAGCCGUGCUAGCCGCAGUGAGCCCUUACUUCCACGAUGUGUUCACCAGCUCCCAGAAGGAAUCCCCGAGUGGAGAGGUCCUGCUGCAGGACGUCGCUCCUUCUCUUUUCCAAAGCAUUUUGACAUAUAUCUACACAGAAGAGGUAUCGCUGACAGAAGAGAUGGCCCAGGAUCUGUUCGAAGCAGCCGAUAAGCUAAAGAUCCUUCCUCUCGUGGACAUAUGUUACAGGUUUUUUAGAAAGAACAUCUCCCCGCAGAACUGCUUUGCGCUUUACAGACUGGCUCAGGCUCACAGCGACCAAGCUCUUCUUCAGGCCACCGUGCGGUUCGUAAUCCUCAACUUCAGCCGGUUCUGCGAGGAUGACGACUUCUUGUACCUGGACCUGACGAGCCUAAUCACCAUCCUGUCUUCAGGGGACCUGGCCGCUGCUUCGGAGUUAGACGUCUUCCGGGCCGCGCAGCGCUGGGUACGGGCCCAUCCCGGUACCUACCCUUUCCUCGUCAAUGCUCUGAUGAGCCACGUCCGGCUCCCGCUCCUGACCGACAGCGAACUUGCCGAGGUUCAGGCCUAUUUGGGACAGGUCGGGGAUGUUCAGCUUCAGUGCAAACAGCUGGAUGGCGAGGAAAGGUUGCGUGCAAGCGGAGGGCUCCGAGCGGGCAUGUACGACGAGUGCAUCAUGUGCGUCAACACACAGAUAUUGGAGACCCAGACGCCGGACACUGAAGACUCCUUCAUGGAUUGUUACGACCCUUGCACCAGGACAUGGAGAAAACUACCAGGCCUGACAUCCUUGAGCCACCCAGCCUGCGUGGCACUGGGGGACAGGCUCUUUGUGUCCGGAGGCAUCCGCAGAAACUCUUAUUCGGACGCUCUGUAUGAGUUCAGCUCCCUCAAAGGCAGCUGGGCCCAGCUUCCUUCCAUGUUAGUGCCGCGUGCUACCCACGGGUUCCUGGUCUGCGACCAGAGGCUCUACGCUAUGGGAGGGUGGUGCGGGUUUCACGAGUUUCUCAGCUCUGCCGAGUGCUUUGACAUAGCAGAGGGGACGUGGACUCCCAUAGCGAGAAUGCCGUGCGUCUUGAGCCGCUGUGCCGCCGCAGUCUUGGGGAAGAAACUGUACCUGCUCGGAGGAGUCACCGGCCUGACCAGUUAUUGGCAAUUCCACAAAGGGCUUCUGAUCUACGACGUUAGCAAAGACGCGUGGACGCAGGUGCUUCUGGACGCGGCGUUCUUCUCCGCGGGCGCGGUGGCCAUGAAUAACGGGAUAUAUGUGGUUGGGGGCUACACGGAGAAAAGAGCAGGAGAACGGAUCUACGAGGGGGGCCUCAUGCCCGAGAACCGCUACUGCAGCCGAAAGUGUUUCUUCCUCGCGGAGGACGGCAGCGUCAAUCAUGAGAUUGCCGUUCCCAAGCUGCCGAAAGGAAUCGCCUACGCUGGGGUAGUCGGCUGGGGAAAGAGGAUCUAUGUCUUAGGCGGGGAAGAUACCACGCACUGCUACAAAACUAUUUACUAUUGGGAGCCCGGGGAGCAUAGGUGGAGUAGAUGCCCCGAUGACGUCCCUGUCCCCGAAGGUGUCAGCGGGUUCGGGUGCACGACACUGAAGAUACCCAAGGAGCGAAUGCUGUCACUUUUGCAAGAGACAUCUGUAGCCCUGAUAGCCGUUGUUGGCAAGUAGCUGCCUUUAGAGGUUUCUUUCUAAAUAAAAAAGACUGGAGCAAGACAGCUGUAGGGGAAGGGCUGAGCACAGGGCGCGUCUACACGUUCACUAAUGCACUUUAAUUACCGUGCAUUUAGUUUAGUACCUCUAAUAAGAGGCACUAACUGCAUGCGCAGUAGUGGCAGCACAUGGUUUUUUUCAUGAUGCUUACUGUGCAUUAGCCUAACGACUGCACAGUCGGCUAUUAGCACAAUUAAUAACCACUACGCUACUGCACAGUGUUAUUAGGCUAAUGCGCAGUAAGCGUCUCAUGUAGAUGCGCCCGCAAAGUCGGGGAAAACCCCCUAAGUACAUACCUAUUAUUUCCCCGCCCCUUGUUCACUGCCAUGGAGAGGCGGCUGCUGUCUUGGGUUCCUUUCCAGGUAAAAUAAAUGGAGCUCCAUCCUUCUCAGUAGCCCCUCAACUGUCUUCUGUCUAUCCUGAAGCCACCUUCCCACAGCCACUUCCCAAGUGAGAAGCCGAGGCAGCGUGGCACUGGGAAGGGGAUCACCUUGACCGCUUCA